AUGUCUGAUGGAAACGAUGAUAAUCCGGUGCAAACAAGCACCGAACAAAUGAAAGAAAUAAUUGCCGAAGAAGUAGGGAAGGCAAUGGAAGGUAGUCUAUCCGGGUUUAUAGACAAGAUUCAAAGCACGGUAUUGUCGCUUGUUGAAGAGCGAGUUAAAAGGUUGGAGGAUACUGUCAACCUUAUGAAAGACAAAACUGGAGAACGUAAAGGGUGCUCAUACAAAGAAUUCAUGGCGUGUAAACCGCCAAUCUAUAACGGGGAAGUCGACCCAAUAAUUUGCCAAAGAUGGUUGAGUGAUGUCGAAGGAGUGUUUGAACGAACCCACUGUGACGUGGGUGACUUUGUUGCUUACGGAACUGGCCAAUUGAGAAAUCAAGCCAAGGAUUGGUGGGACAAUAAGAAGAGAGAGAUCGGAGCCGAAGCGGCAAGGGUUAUGACUUGGGAUGAGUUUAAGGUGCCGUUCCUUAAACACCAUAGCCCCAAGGCAGUUAUCAACAGGAUCAAAGAGGAAUUUAUCCAGUUAAGACAAAGGAGGGAAUCAAUUGACAAGAUCACGAGCAUCUUCAUGGAUAAGUUGAGGUUUUGUGACGAGCUACUCACCACUGAAGAGCAGAAGAUAUAUUAUUAUUACAACAUGUUAAGUGCUGAAUAUAGGGAGUUUAUGACUCCUUCAAAAUACGAGACCCUUACCGAAAUCAUUAACGUUGCACAGGAACGGGAAAUUGAGUUGAAGAAGCAAGUCGAAAGAGGUGAGCGAAGGGCACAUGAUGUGAAUCCAAGCCCUACAAAGAAAGCCCGAACGGGAGAGUCGGGAAAGAAGGUGGAUACUAAGGGUGGGUCGCCAAGUUGUAAAGUGUGCGGGAAGGGGCACAAAGGGGAGUGUCGGUUCAAAGACAAGCCAUGCCCCAUAUGCAAUAAGACGGGGCACACGGCCUCGCUAUGCCCGGGAAAAGUCUCUGUUUGUUACAAAUGUUAUCAACCCGGCCACAAAAAGUCCGAAUGUCCGGACUUAGUUGGAAAGAGAGAUGCUAAAGAAUCUCCAACAGAAGCUCCCAAAGCGAAGGCGAGAUCCUUCCAACUUACCGCGGCUGAAGCGAAGACAGAACCCGAUGUGGUUUCAGAAGUUGAAAUAGGGGACAACAAAAGUUUUAUAGUUUGCGAUGUUUGUCGAGGCUGCAAAUUAAGCAUCGACGAUGAAGAAUACUUGAUAGACCUAAUCCGGAUGUCAAUGGGGGAAUUUCAAGUAGUCGUUGGGAUGGAUCGGCUAGCCCAGCACCAUGCAAAAGUCGUGUGUUUCCGUAAGGAGAUAAAACUAACAUCUCCGAGCGGGAAACACGUCACCAUUUAUGGCGAAAAAGGGGGCAACCCCAUAGUGUGCUCGAUGUUGAAAGCUCACAAGCUUAUGAAGCGAGGAUGCAAGGGCUUCAUGAUAUACGCGAAUGAGCCCGGGAAAGAAUUACUAAGAAUUGGAGACGAACCCGUAGUGCGUGAUUUUGAAGAUGUAUUUCUGGAUGAUUUACCGGGAAUGCCGCCCGAGCGGGAGGUGGAGUUCGGGAUCGAGCUGAUUCCGGGCGCAAAACCCGCUGAUAGGAUGCUGAAUCAAGAAAUCAAGCUAGGAAUGAUGCUUAGAAACGCACAUAGUUAA